AUGGCGACAGUCGGUAAUGCGCACCUUGAGUAUUACCCCGCAUUCUGCUUCAAGGCAUCCCCAACGCACUUCUCCUGGGUGAAGAUGUCCGCAGCGGAUGUGCAUCGGCUCCAUCAACCUAUAGGCUUCAAGGGUAGGUCCAAUUGCCUUCCUUUUCCCUUCCCACUUUGCUUUCUUUGCGUGCUGCAUACAGGCGGCCAGAAAGUCUACUUUUACAAAAACUACCCUAUCAGAUUCGUCACCGUAGUAGGGGUCAUCCUCCAACGCGAGGAGAAGGCCCGCCGCACAAUCCUUCUCCUAGACGACAGCAGCGGCGCAACCCUCGAAAUAGUAGCCCUCUACUCCCCAGAACGAACUCAGCCCCUAACCGCGCAGAACCUGGAGCCAGCAGACCAUCCGAUAGCCGAAGCGCUCGACUCCAGCCGCACAAUGCACAUCACGGCAACAGACAAGAAAGCGCUGGACAUCUCGGCGCUGGUGCCCGGGACGGUCGCCAAGAUCAAGGGCACGCUAUCGCAGUUUCGAGAUACCAUGCAGGUCGUCGUGGAGAAGUUCUCGCUGAUCAAAGAGACGAAUGACGAGAUGCGAUUUCUGGACGAGAGGCUGCGUUUUCUGGUCGGGGUGCUGUGUGAGCCGUGGGUGCUGUCAGAGGAGGAGAUUGAGCUGUUGGAGAGGGAGGCGGAGAGGGAGGUCUCAAGGGCUGGGGAUGAGCGGAGGCGCGCGAUGGAGAGAAUGAAGAGGAGGGCGGAGAGGGAGGAGAAGGAUAUGCGGCGGAUCAUGCGCCGGUAUGAGAGUGACGAGCGGGCGCGUGAAAGGGGAGGUGGCUGUUUGUCGAGAGAAUGGGGCGCAGCUUAUGGAUAA